UUCUUUCUUGCAAAAUAAUGCAAAUUACGAUACUAAGCCAUAAUCGAAUCAUCUCGGUCGAGUAUAAAACGCGGCACAUUUAUCUUACGAUCAUAGUUUGACAUUGCCUGUUAACUUGACACAAACCAUGAAAUCCUUCGUAGCAAUCCUCGCCUUCGUGGCCCUCGCCGCUGCCGACGUGUCCCACAUUGUUCGCAACAUCGACACUGACGCCCAAAUCGUUAGCCAAGAUGCUGAUGUCUUCCCAGACCAGUACAAAUACGGUUACGAGACCAGCAACGGCAUCAAGGCCCAAGAGAGUGGAGUACUGAAGAACGCUGGCCGCGAGGACGAAGCUAUUGAAACUCAAGGAUCAAACUCAUACACUGGCCCUGAUGGUCAAGUAUACGCUGUUAACUACAUCGCUAACGAGAACGGAUACCAGCCAACUGGUGCCCAUCUCCCAACCCCAGUGCCAGUACCAGACUACAUCUUGAGAGCUCUUGAAUACAUCGCAACCCACGCACCAAAAUCCGUUGCCCAACCUUUGUAAAUUAGUUAAUAACUGUUAAACCAUUAGACACUGCCUAUAAUAUUAUUGUUACCUCUAGUCGCCCCUUUUAAUGGAGCAAUAAAAGGUUUUCAAAAA